AUGGCUCGUCACGACUUCCCUGAACGCCCUCACCAGAACGCACACCUGGACUGUCAGGUAGGACAUACAGGAUACACACCUGGACUGACAGGUAGGACAUACAGGAUACACACCUGGACUGUCAGGUAGGACAUACAGGAUACACACCUGGACUGUCAGGUAGGAUACAGGAUACACACCUGGACUGUCAGGUAGGAUACCGGAUACCACACCUGGACUGUCAGGUAGGAUACAGGAUACACACCUGGACUGUCAGGUAGGAUACAGGAUACACACCUGGACUGUCAGGUAGGAUACAGGAUACACACCUGGACUGUCAGGUAGGAUACAGGAUACACACCUGGACUGUCAGGUAGGACGUACAGGAUACACACCUGGACUGUCAGGUAGGAUACAGGAUACACACCUGGACUGUCAGGUAGGAUACAGGAUACACACCUGGACUGUCAGGUAGGAUACCGGAUACACACCUGGACUGUCAGGUAGGAUACCGGAUACAGUCCCACACUAUGGGCCACGGUGUAUUCUUCUUAUUCCUGUCUUGAGCCGUGGUUCAUCCAAACCGGAAUGUUGCUAAAAACAUUUUGUUAAACUAAAAACGUGUAUGGUUUAAUGUUAAGGCUAGGAACGGGUUUCAGGGUUCAUAGAAUAAAUGAUAGUCCGCAAACCAGCUGGGGAAGCCUGGGACAGGAAAUGAGGUCAGCAUAAACAGGAAGUGUGUGGUUAAUUAACCUACCCCCCCCUUCAGGUGGAGACAGAGGGCCUGCGUCGCUCCAUCCAGAACCUGGGCGUCCUCAUCACCACGGCAGCCGUAGGCCACACCUCCGUCGCCACAGGAGAGGGGACUACGCCACGCAGCAACCGGACAACACGUCAGCAUCACCGUGACGACCAAAGACAAGGACGGCGAGCUGGUGCGAACAGGGAAACGCGGCGCUGAGGGCCGAGAUCACGGCGGUGGCCGACGGAAGCCGCGUUGUCACGGAACCGGAGGUGACGGACAACAAGAACGGGACGUACGAGGUGGGAUACACGCUACGGUCUGAGGGGGAGUUCUCCGUCGCUCUGUCCCUCUACGGCCAGCCGGUACGGGGCAGUCCCUUCCGGCUGCGGGCGGUCAAGCCCUCGGACGCGCUGCGGUCUCCGGAUGACGUGAAGAGGAGGCUGAAGAGUCCUGGAGGGACAGGGGGUCAUGUCAGACAGAAGGCUGUGAGGAGACCCUCCAGCAUGUACAGCACCAGAAAGAAGGAAAACCCCAUCGAGGAUGAACUCAUCCACAGAGUCGGUGAGACAACAACAUCACAACACUGCCACAGCCACCACCUGGUCAUCUGAUUGUUGUUGUUGUUGUUGUUGUGUAACUUGAGAGCUGUCUGUGAGAGACAGAAAAACAGCCCAGAUGGAAGGAGGAGUCUACAUUAUUCUCUCCAGGUACAAUAAUGAAGCAUAUAUAAAGUGAUGGUAGAGACGUGACUGUGUGUGUGUGUGUGUGUGUGUGUGUGUGUGUGUGUGUGUGUGUGUGUGUGCGUGUGUGUGUUUACCUGUGGUCUAGGUACGCGGGGGAGGGAGAAGGGAGAGUUCACCAACCUGCAAGGGAUCUCGGCCUCCAGCAACGGCAGAGUGGUGGUAGCAGAUAGUAACAACCAGUGUAUACAGGUAGGACCAGAUAGUAACAACCAGUGUAUACAGGUAGGAUGACCAGAUAGUAACAACCAGUGUAUACAGGUAGGAGACCAGAUAGUAACAACCAGUGUAUACAGGUAGGAUGACCAGAUAGUAACAACCAGUGUAUACAGGUAGGAUGACCAGAUAGUAACAACCAGUGUAUACAGGUAGGAUGACCAGAUAGUAACAACCAGUGUAUACAGGUAGGACCAGACAGUAACAACCAGUGUAUACAGGUAGGAUGACCAGAUAGUAACAACCAGUGUAUACAGGUAGGACCAGACAGUAACAACCAGUGUAUACAGGUAGGAUGACCAGAUAGUAACAACCAGUGUAUACAGGUAGGACCAGACAGUAACAACCAGUGUAUACAGGUAGGACCAGAUAGUAACAACCAGUGUAUACAGGUAGGACCAGACAGUAACAACCAGUGUAUACAGGUAGGAUGACCAGAUAGUAACAACCAGUGUAUACAGGUAGGACCAGACAGUAACAACCAGUGUAUACAGGUAGGAUGACCAGAUAGUAACAACCAGUGUAUACAGGUAGGAGAGACCAGAUAGUAACAACCAGUGUAUACAGGUAGGACCAGACAGUAACAACCAGUGUAUACAGGUAAGAGACCAUCUAUAGAACACAGGAGAGGGGAAACUAAUGUGGUAUACAACUACAGAGGGCAUACUAAGAGCACGCAGUACUGGUAGACCCAUAAUGAAGCUUUACUGUAAACACUUAUUUGUUUAUUUAAGAUAUUUAAGUCUCACUGCUGUCUGUUGUCCCGCCACCUCGACAGGUGUUCUCCAAUGAAGGGCAAUUCAAGAUGAGGUUUGGGGUCAGAGGUCGGUCGCCGGGGCAACUGCAGCGACCCACAGGCGUUACCGUGGAUAUGAACGGUGACAUCAUCGUGGCCGACUACGACAACCGAUGGGUCAGCAUCUUCUCCUCCGAUGGGAAGUUCAAGGUAAGAGGUCAGAGGUCAUGAGGUCAUCAGAGGUCGUGAGACUCCCUCUCCAGUUUUAAAGCUAGAAUCAUUAGUUGCUACAUACAUUUUCUGACUUAUGAAUGAACGAUAUGUACCCAUUGAUUCUUGAAGAAUAUCACUUAUAAAUGCCUCAUGAGCUUAGUUCAACUGUCGUUCCCCAUCAGAACCCCAAAUAGAAACUUGUUUUACUCCAAUCUUUGUAAAAAAAACUAAUGUAAACAAACCCUGUAUAGCCUGAAAACAUGGUUAAUACUAUAACGUUGAUAUCAUGGAUGGUCAGUCCUUGAAUCUAUUGCUCUGUCUAUGAAUUUGAGAGUGGUUACAUUAUUCCAGGCCCAUCCCUCAGCUACUUACCAAAACAGAGGCUGGCCGACGCGUUGUUAUUUUUUUAUUUUUUUUACUAAGGAUUCCAGCCUUAAGGGUAAGACACAGCUUUAAUGAACGACAGCCGUCCUAUCGACUCUAACCACAAAACAUUGGCUGUAAUUUUCUGUUACUUUACUCAGAAUAAGAUCGGGGCGGGGCGCCUGUUGGGUCCCAAGGGCGUGGCGGUGGACAGGAACGGACACAUCAUUGCCGUGGACAACAAGGCGUGCUGCGUCUUCAUCUUCCAGUCCAACGGGAAGCUGGUCACCAAGUUUGGCGCCAGGGGGACGUCCGAGAGACAGUUUGCAGGUAAGGGGUUGGAGCCUAGAAUGUUCAGUGAUGUGAAACGUUCAGACAGCGAUGUGAUGAGUACAGCUGACACUAUUUCCUAUUCUUUAUAUUAUCUGGGGAUAUACUGUAUGUAUCAAAGCCUUUCAGAGUAGCAGUGCUGAUAUAGGAUCAGGGCCAGUAUCCACAAAGCCUUUCAGAGUAGCAGUGCUGAUCUAAGAUCGGUUUCGCCUUUUAGAUCAUAAUGAAUAAGACGGACAGAUCCUGAAUCAGCACUCUUACUUUGAGACGCUUUGUGGAUAUGGGCCCAGGUCCUCCCCGUCCACGUACUCUUAUUAAUUGGGAUCUAAAAACUGAUCCUAGAUCAAGCAAUCCUACUCUGAGACUGUUCUACACAACCCAUUUUGUAUCUGAUCGUUAUGAAACGUUCCUCCUGAACACGACCCACGUUCAGAUUGACCUAUCUGACACCUGCGGGAUACAAGAUGGCUGCCAUGGCCCUGGUUGCCAUUGGAAACCAUGUCUUCCUGCAGAAGGAGAAAAACCUCUCUGUUAUUUAGGUUGUUUUGUCUUUUCAUCUCUGACUCUACCUUUGUUUGUUUCUUUCUGUCUUUUUUUUUUUGUUGUUUUUUUUCUCCCUUUGUUUCUGUUUUAGAAAAAAGUGGUGCAAACUUAAAUAGAUCUGGCCCAGUGUUCAGUAAGUAUUGAGUGUGGCCCCGCCCCUUACCCAGACUGCACUAUUCUGUCUAACCUGCAUCUCCUGCCCUGACGUUGUAGGCCCUUGAAAUUGUAUCUGAAAUCUUCCCAGAUCACUCUGUGCCUGAUAUAUGUCAAACAUAACAAAAGAUUGAUACAUAUGUCAUCAUAAUAUCAUGAUCGUUACAAUCAUUGUUGUUCUAACUGUGUUUAAUGUAAUGUAUAAGAUGAAUGAGCAGGAAUUUAGUGAAAUUGAUUAGAAACGAACCCAUUUGUGAAUAAAUAUUACAUCCAUAGACAUUUCAAAACACCUGAACAAUGAGUUAAAUUAAAAUAAUCGGUAGUACUGAAAAUGAGUAUGAUUAAACCAUAGAGAUAGAUAGAGAUCUUAUCUUUGUAUUUGUGCCAUUAUGGCAUCUCCAUUUCAAAGUAGUCAAUUGUCUUCUUCUUUUGUGUUUUAAAAAAAGUGUUAAGCUAAUAUUGGUGAAGUGUUUGAGUCCUGAACCAAAUCUUGUGUCAUUCAUCUAUUGUGGCCUCUAGAUGGCAGUGAUAUAGCUUUAAGCCAUUUACAAACCAUAGGCAACCCAAGCCAUUUACAAACUAUAGGCAACCCAAUUUAAAGAAGAAGACAAUGGUUUCUGAUCAUUGGCUGAUUGCUCCCAACCAAUAGGAAUCCCCACCCAGUUGACGACUUUAAAAUGGUAGAAGCCCUCAAUGGCAAUGUCCAUGCUAAAACCAGUUAUAACCAUCUAGAGAUCUCUAUCGAUCUCUGGAUCAAAUGUAUGUAAUCAACCUGAUCGGUUAAUUUGUACAUUUAUGAUUAGUGGGUUUUGUUAUCUGUUUUAACAAACCUUUUUUAUUUUUUGUACUUAUGUAUUGUAUAUAGUUUUUUUGUGGUGUGGUUUUCAUAUAAGCCCUUGGGCUUCCAACCACCUGCAGACUGUUUAUUUUAUAUUUAUUUAUAUGUAUUGUUUGUUUUUCACUUAUUUUCUUUGGUGCAAAUAAAUUAAACCUAAAAGUAAAUGUAAGUAAUCAAACCAGUAUUGUAGAGGACAUUAGUCAUGCUAACAUGCAUCACUUUCUUUCUGUCUCUCUCUCUCUGUCUCUCUCUUUCUCUCUCUCUCUCUCUCUCUCCCCCAGGUCCACACUUUGUUGCAGUGAACAACAAGAAUGAAAUCAUUGUGACAGAUUUCCACAAUCAUUCUGUAAAGGUAAGUCAAACCUUAUGCUGUGAUCAAGGAAAGAGGGAAUAA